AUGAGUAAUCAGUCGAUGACAGGGAGGACCAUGGUCCCGACCAUUCCGUCUAUUAUGUUCAUUUUCGGGGUGGUUGGGAAUGUCAUCGCCAUCGUGGUUCUUUGUAAAUCUCGCAAGGAACAGAAGGAAACCACGUUUUACACGCUGGUGUGUGGACUGGCAGUCACGGACCUCCUGGGCACACUGCUGGCCAGUCCGGUCACCAUCGCCACUUACGUGAAAGGAUCGUGGCCAGGAGAGGACCCGCUGUGCCAGUACUUCGGAUUCACCUUGCUUUUCUUCUCCCUGUCGGGGCUCAGUAUCAUCUGUGCCAUGUCGGUGGAGAGAUACAUCGCUAUAAACCAUGCCUACUUCUACAAUGACUAUGUGGACCAGAAACUUGCGGGUUUGACCCUCCUGGCGAUCUACAUCUCCAACGCGCUUUUCUGCGCCCUGCCGAUUGUCGGCUUUGGACAGGUGAAGAAACAAUACCCGCAAACUUGGUGUUUUCUAGAGUGGAGGAGCAACAAGACAAGCGAUGCCGCCUACUCAUAUACGUAUGCGGGUUUCAGCUCUCUUCUCAUUCUCGCCACUGUUGUCUGUAACGUGCUGGUGUGCGCGGCUUUGAUCCGGAUGCACCGGCGCUUCGUGCGCAGGACGUCGCUGGGAACCGAUCUAGGGCGCAACGUGGAGCCGCCAAAGAGAGGACGCAGCUUUGGACGUCUGGCCGGUGCAGAGAUUCAGAUGGUCAUUCUGCUUAUAGGCACUUCGGUAGUGGUGCUUAUCUGCUCCAUACCACUAGUCGCUCAGGUGUUUCUCAACCAGCUGUAUAAGACUCCAGUGGAGCUGAGGCUGGACAAGAACCCUGAUCUACGAGCGAUACGUUUCGCCUCCUUCAACCCCAUUCUUGACCCCUGGAUCUACAUCCUGCUCCGCAAGGCUGUUCUCCUCAAGCUCAUUGAGAAAAUCAAGUACUUAUUUUGCAAGAUGGGAGCACAGAGGCAACAGAAGCCGGGGAACUUCCACUGUGUAGACACAGUAGACACUCGGCUCUCCUCGGCCAUCUUGAACCGGGACUCGCACUCCCUGGUUUCCCACGACCUGCGAGACUUCACCAGCACCUCCCAGACCUUCCUCUACCUGCCAGAGGGAAGUGAAGUGUACAAAGGAACCUGCCACAAAGCAGACGGACUCUCUGGUUCACGACCUUCAUCCGUCAGAAACUCACAAGCUUCCUAUUCGUUCAAGCAGGGCAGCGUUGAGGUUCAGAGUAGAGAAGGGACAACUCUAAUGAGGGAGUUUUCAGCUCUGCCAUGCCCAAACGACCCGGCACUCCAGGUGUCAUUGAGCGCUGACACAGAGGAGGAGAAAUGCAUCUGA